UUCAAGUUAAAGUUCGAUGAUGUAGAGAAGGAUGAAAAGGACAUGGCAGCAACACAGAGUCAUAGACACUUUAAUGAAUUCAGUAUCAAGAAACAGAUGCUUGCUUCGAUUGCAGGUGGCAUGGUAACUGCAAUGGCAUUGACACCACUCGAUGUUGUAAAGACAAGAUUACAGAAUCAACCAAAUGUAGCUACUGCAGCUGCUGGUACAAUAUCAAACGCAGCAUCAUCAUCAUCACACUUCUCUGGAACAAUCGAUGCCUUAAUCAAGAUAUCAAGGAAUGAAGGUUUACACACUCUAUGGCGUGGACUGACGCCUUCAUUCUUGAUGACAAUACCAAGUACUGCAAUACACUUUACAACAUAUGAGUAUUUUAAACAACAUAUAGAGAGGUACACGGACAAGGACAAUGUGUAUAUUGCACCAUUGAUUGCUGGCUCACUUGGUCGUGUCGUGUCGGUCACAGUCACAUCACCUUUCGAAUUGAUUAGAACAAAUUUACAAGGCAUCACUAAUAGGAAGACAUUACACUUUGUUCCAUUGAUACGCGAGAUCGUUGGCAAUGUUGGACUUACUGGUCUGUGGCGUGGUCUGUCUCCUACACUCAUGAGAGACGUUCCAUUCUCUGCCAUUUACUGGUCAUGCUACGAAAUAAUCAAGAAGAAGCGUGCUUCUCCUUUCUAUAUCAACUUUGUCUCUGGAGCAAUGAGUGGAUCAAUUGCGGCAGUGGUGACAACUCCAAUCGAUCUGAUCAAAACACGUAUACAAAUGACUGCUCAACUGACGGCAUCCAAAUCAAACCAAAACAACAGUAUUAUUAGUAGUAGUAGGAAUAGGACAUCAGCAAUUUAUCAUGCUAAAGAGAUUUACCGAGAGGAGGGAUUGAUGGGAUUCACAAAGGGAAUGGUUCCAAGGUUGGCAAAGGUGGCCCCGGCUUGUGCCAUAAUGAUCUCCACCUAUGAAUGGGUAAAGUCAGUCAACUUGGAUGAGUUGGCAAUGUCCAGUAUC